GGGCGCGCAGUAUGCGGUAGUAGCGGGCGGAGGGAGGUGGUUAAGUGAGCUGUGUCGAGAAGCCGUGGCUUCCGGUUUGUGUGGUCAUGGCGCCUCAUCGUGAGUGUCCCUCUCGUUGGUUUCUCGUACUGCUGGUGAUCGUGGCUGCCGCUGGCCGCGUGCAUGGCGAAGGGAGUGAGAAGCUUUCGCGGUGUGAAGUGCGGGCGGAGAAAUGCUGCAAGUACCCGAUGUUUUCGCCUUCGUUUUUUGAGUGUUGUAAUAAGGUGGGAUGCUGCCCACGCAGGUGCAUGGAGGAGGCACCACAGUCCAGUGAAGAAUCCACUGAAGUAGAUUCCGCUGCGAAUGCAUCGCCAUCGGAAUCGGAGGAAGAGUGUAAGGUAGGGAGAGUUUGCUGCCGCUUUCGCCCCUAUACCGUGGAGUAUACGCAGUGUUGUGAGAGGCACCAGUGCCGCCCUUCCUGUCAUAGCGUUCCCGAAGGUUGCUGCUACAACAAGAAGACUUGGAAGUGGGGCAGCGUGGUGGAGGCGGUGGACGAGGACUGUGUAGACAUUAAAUGUGCUGCUGAAAGGGUUGACUACUGGCCCUACCUCAUAACGAGGCUGGUGAUUGUUCCUCAGACAGGCGUGCUGUGUUCUGAGCCAAAGUGUGGGGACUGUAAUGAAUGGCGGUGCGUGGAUGAAACGGGAAUGCUGCGGGAGGAAGGCGAGAAGUUUUACAUGGGCAGGUGUCGGAGGUGCGAGUGCCUUCCUGCUGGGAGGAUAAGGUGCGUGUCGGUGGAUCACGUGUGUCCGCCUCUCCCCAAGGUCACCCCACGUUACUGCGAUGUGGUGAGAGGACUGUGCUGUGACACACUGAACUGUUCCGUGGAGCGCACCUGCCGUGACCUCAACAAUCAAGAGCGUGGCCUAUACACCACCUGGAGGAGCGACCCGUGCACCACCCACAGGUGUACGUUAGCCGGCAUUGUCACUGAACGGGAGUCCUGCAGCCCAAUGCCACACCCUAACUGCAUGAAAGAAGAGGAAUAUAACAACCUUAUUUCCUCCGAGGAGAAGAGCGAAGAGAGCGGCGGCACUGGUUCUGGCGAAGGGAGCGGCGGCACUGGUUCUGGCGAAGGGAGCGGCGGCACUGGUUCUGGCGAAGGGAGCGGCGGCACUGGCUCUGGCGAAGGGAGCGGCGGCACUGGCUAUGAUACUGGCGAAGGGAGCGGCGCCUCUGGCGGUGGCACUGGUACUGGUGAAGGAAGUGGCGAAGGGGGCGGCGGCGCUAUCUCUGGCGAAGACAGCGGGGGAUCAAAUUCCUUGGAAGAGGAGUUCCAGUGCUGCCCUAAGUGGAAGUGCGGACUGGACUGUCGCCUAGUUCGAUGUUCGAUGGUGCCUCCUGGGGAGGACUGCGUGGAGGUGUAUGAACCUCUCGCCUGCUGCCCUGAUUGGAAUUGCAGCGGGUGUAUGGACAGACACCGCCAGUACCACCCUUUGGGCAGCGUGUGGCACCCGACACCCUGUACGACCCUCUCCUGCAGUCCUUUGGGCAUCGUGAACAUCACGAAGCCCUGCAAGCCGAAGCCACACGACAUCUGCUUUGAGGAACCAUCGGAGGACGGCUGCUGCCCUGUCUACAAUUGUGGCGGGUGUGUGGACGAGGACAACAUCUUCCACCCGAUGUUCAGUAAGUGGAAAGUGACAGACUGCAAUCAUCUCGCCUGCACAACAAAUGGCAUCAUUCCCUGGGAGCCGGAGUGUCCACCGAAGCCCCACGAGAAUUGCCGCAGAGGACCCAAGGGCUUGGACUGCUGCCCUGAGUGGGAAUGUGGACUGGAUUGUCGUGUUGUGAGAUGCGCCGGACCCCCCCACAGCGGCUGCAUCCCACACAUGGACCCAGCGGCUUGUUGCCCGAGUUGGGAAUGCAAGACGUGUGUGGACGAGGAGGGUCGCAGGCGGCCGUUGGGCAACACUUGGCGUACGGAUGACCCGUGCACAAACAAGACCUGCACGGAGACUGGAGUCGUUAUGGUUAGUGCCUCGUGUGCGCUGAGCAGCCCCCCGCGUGAGGGGUGCUUCAAGUACACCCCUGAGGGAGAGUGUUGUCCCCGGUGGAACUGCAGCGGAUGUUUGGAUGAUAAUGGAAUCUUUCACCGGAUCUUUGAAGCGUGGAGCAGUGACGCUUGCACCAGACACUUCUGCGCCUCGUCCGGCAUAAUUACACAGGAGUUGGAGUGUCCACCUUUGGGUCGCAUACCUCACCCGAACUGUGUCACGCACCUGGAGCCCGGGGAAUGUUGCUCCAGAUGGAAGUGUGGACCAGACUGCAGGCUCGUAUUCUGUCCACAACGUCCUGAAGGAAACUGCACGAGCCACCGUCCUCCCCUGGCGUGCUGUGACCAAUACGAGUGCAGCGGUUGCACGGACGAUCAGGGCAGGAAGCGCAGCCCAGGCGACACCUGGUUCACGCCACCUUGCUACCUGCACGUCUGCCGGAAUGAAGGAGUAGUCACCCAUGAUUUUUGUGACACUGUUUCCCCGUCUCCUUAUUAUUCCAACCUGGGAAAACGAUCAGCUGGGUUUGAUGAGUCUGCCUCUGGUCCUGAAAGCAAGAAGGCGGAGACAGCCGGGGCGUCGCCACCUGAGCAGGCCCCGGCACCUGAGUGAUGACGCCCGGCGCUCCUCGCCCUCCCCUUGGGUCCCAGUGGCGCUGCAGCGUGCUUGGAGGACUCCCUCGAGGGAGGCAUUCGGUCGCAUGAUGGAUCGUCUUACCGUGCAGCUGCCUCUUACCCCUUACACUUACUGUGAUAAUUUUGCUUUCGUUUAAAAGCUUCUGUUUUGUUAUUUUAUGAUGUGACAUUGAAUGUUUGUUUUAAUACACUUAUCACACUCAGUUUAUUAAAAAAAUAUAAGAUGGGA